AUGUCAAUAAUCAAUAUCGUUUUGUUCAUUGUAAUCUGUAUCCUCGGCCUGGCCGGGUUCGCCUCCGCUGAAGCGCCGCCUAUCCCCCCACUCCGGCGAGUCGCCGCAGACCACUCCGAGGAAGAGGACGACGACGACGACGACGACGACGACGGGAAUGACCUUCAUGCGGAGAUGCAUGCGUUGAUCGAAGAACAUAUGCUUCGUCUCGCCGCUGAAGAGCAAGAGGAGGUGCGAAGGGAGGUGGUGCGCCAAGAUCCGCCUACCGCUGUGGAACUGGAGACUAUUAGGUUAAUUGCCACCAGACAUCGAGAGAUAAAUGAGAGAAGGUUGCUUGCUAUCAGGCACCGGAUGACGAUGCAGCACCUCGGUCAACCGCCUAAUCGCGAGUACUUGGACGAGUUGUUCCACGAGAUCAAUGAGCUGCAGCGCCUCAAUAACCUGCAGCGCCCCAAUCCCCCGCCUGCUCCCGGGAACCUUGUGCAGGUGGAGCGCGAAGAUCCGCCUUCCAAUGUGGAACUAGAGAAUAUUGAGUUAAUGGCCACCAGACGCCGAGAGAUAAAUCAGAGAAGUUCGCUUGCUCUCAGGCACCGGAUGGAGAUGCAGCGCCUCGGUCAACCGCCUAAUCGCGAGUACAUGGACGAGUUGUUCCGCGAGGUCAGGGAGCUGCAGCGCCUCAAUCGCCUGCAACGCCCCAAUCCCCCGCCUGCUCCCGGGAGCCUUGUGCAGAUGGAGCGCGUUGAUCGGCCGCCUGCCCCCGGGGACACAGCGGCGAUGCAGCCGAACACUGCCCUACCUGUUAAUAUCUGGGGGGUGAGGGCAGCCCAACUGGAACAGCUCCCCCGCGUGAGGCCCCAGCGAGCGCCGAGAGGGCCGCCGGCAGAUGUGCAGGGAGUGGUACAGAGAGGGGGCCGGGGAAGGGCGCGGGGAAGGGCGCGGAGAGUGGCGUGGGGAGGGACGCCUCCGUAG